GAAGACGAAGGGAUUCAAGCUCGGGGAAAGCUAUGACAAUGGGGGUAUUGCCUCGCUCCAUCCCGCGAACUCUAGGAGGUAAUCCACUUCCCUGCGUGACCCCGUUGAUUUUCGGUGGCGGCCGCUUGAUCCGCUGCUGCUCCACCGCGGAGCUCAGCAGCAACAGCAGCAGCAGGCGCAAUUUCAAUCGGACGAGAACCUGCGCUCUCGCAAAUCGUAGGGAUGUGAUUGGGGCGCUUCUUCUGGGAGCUUCGGGGCUAGUUGUCGGUGGAUUUGAGGCUGAAGGAGCUGGUUUGCCGCCCGAGGAUAAGGCCAAGCUGUGCGAUGAAAGUUGCGAGAAGGAGCUUGAAAAUGUGCCGAUGGUGAGUACGGAGUCUGGGUUGCAGUACAAGGAUAUCAAAGUCGGUGGAGGGCCUUCUCCUCCUGUUGGUUUCCAGGUGCAAUGUCAUUGACUUAUUCAUUGGGGCUAUUUUUCUGAUGCAAUGCAAAAGGAAUGGUCGAUUAGAUUAAGCUUGAGAGUUGAGUUGUCUCACAAAUGUUGCUGCUAAUUGUGUUGCCAUGGUUCCAUCCGGACAAAUCUUUGAUAGUUCUUUGGAGAAAAGGCAACUGUAUAUUUUCCGCGUCGGCUCUGGUCAGGUAAUGAUCAUUUGUUUGCACAAGGUUCCUGGAAGCUUGGUUCGUUUUUCUUUUCCCCAGUGUUCUUAUCGACUACACGGAACAGAUGGCGCUAUUCAAAAUGUGUUGCACACUGCUUUUGUAAGUUGUGCGCUUUGUGGCUAAUGUCUGGGAUUAUUAACUAGAACAGGUGAUCAAGGGGCUCGAAGAAGGGAUGGCAACAAAACCCGAACUCACGGGUACCUACCCGACCCAACUUGGUCAACGCGGGUAAAAUUCGUGUUGACGGGUUUUGGGUCGGGUUUGGGUUUAAACCCGUUCACUAUUCACCGGGUUGGGUUGAGUUUGGGUUUCUCGGUAUAUUUAAUAUUCUAAACAACUAAUCUUAUUUAUGUUUGUGGAGACACGUCUAAUUUUUUCUUUCAAAUUGUGUAGAAUGAAGUUGAUGUUAUCGAGUGGAGAGUGAAGAAACUUAAUUGAAAGGAAUAAACUUUCGAUUAAUCAUGUUAUUUAUGGAUCAUUUGUGAUUUGCUUCAAUUUUCUUGAGUUUUCUAGAUUGGUGUUGAACGAUUUGUACCUAAUCUCUCGGCUUUUCCACCAAAAAAGAGCUCUGUUUCCAGUUUGCUGAAAUUUCCUGGAGAGGGGCGACCCGGUUGAACAUGAGUUCAUACUUUCUAGCUGUAAAUUUCUUCUGGGGUUACCGUGAGCCUGCGAUGGAGUUGAAGUAAAUGUCUCACUAUUGCAUGUCAUCAAAGAUGUCAGAAGAUUUCAUUGGUGAUGGUGACGAGCUUAGAGAGAGAAGAUCCGAUUUUGAUAACUCUGAGGAUGAGAAGAGGCGAUCCAAGAUUGGGAAUAUAAGGAAAAAAGCUAUCAAUGCUUCUAACAAGUUCACUCAUUCAUUGAAGAAGAGAGGGAAGAGGAAGAUUGACUACAGGGUUUGUUCAGUCCCCAUUGAAGAUGUGAGGGAUGAAGAGGAAGAGCGAGCUGUGGGUGAAUUCCGGCGAAAGCUGCUGGAGAGAGCGCUGUUGCCUCCAAGGCAUGACGACUAUCAUACCAUGUUAAGAUUCUUGAAAGCUAGAGGCUUCAACAUUGAAAAAACGAUCCAGAUGUGGGAAGAAAUGCUUGAAUGGAGGAGAGAGUAUGGAACUGAUUCCAUAUUGGAGGAUUUUGAGUUGGAAGAGUUGGAAGAAGUGCUACAGUACUACCCUCAGGGGUACCAUGGAGUGGAUAAGGAAGGUCGUCCUUUAUACAUUGAAAGGCUCGGGAAAGCUAAUCCGAGUAAACUGAUGCGUGUCACGACUAUAGAUCGGUAUUUGAAGUACCAUGUCCAGGAGUUCGAGAGGGCUUUGUGUGAGAAGUUCCCCGCUUGUUCAAUUGCUGCAAAGAGUAAAGUAUGGUCAACUACCACAAUAUUGGAUGUCCAAGGCUUGGGCAUGAAGAAUUUCUCUAGGACUUCUGCAAGUCUUUUGGCAGCUAUGGCAAGGAUUGAUAAUAGUUACUACCCAGAGACCCUACACCGGAUGUACAUAGUUAAUGCAGGUCCCGGGUUUAAGAAGAUGCUUUGGCCAGCUGCACAAAAGUUUCUAGAUGCAAAGACUAUUGCAAAAAUACAGGUUCUGGAGCCCAGAUCUUUGCACAAGCUAUUAGAAGUCAUCGAUUCCAGCCAAUUGCCAGACUUCUUGGGUGGCUCUUGUACUUCUUGUGCUGAAGGAGGUUGCCUGAGAUCCAACAAAGGCCCAUGGAAUGAUCCUGAAGUGAUGAAGCAUUUAAAUACUGAAGCAGAAAUAUAUUUGAGGCAAGUGACCCGAGUCUCGACCGAUCAGAAGAACCCAUACAUGACUCACCCUGAGAAGGUUGACCCAGGGCUGGAUUAUAUUGAUCUUUCCCCUACUGAAAUCAACACCUGGACGACGGUUCCAAGUUUGGCCUCAGCUCGUGAUGAAGUAAGAGUAUCUGAUGCAAAUGGAUACUACAGCUGUGAUGACGAUCCUGUUCUGGAUGAAAAGUCCUGUUCUGCAACAGGAAGAGCCUUUCUUCUGAGGCAACACACUGUUUGCAAGGGGCAGUUUGUUGGUUGAACAUUGCUGGAGAGAAGCUUGGAAAAGGGAAAGUCAUGCAUGCAGCAAGAGCAUUAGCAUUGUUUUUAGCCAAGCUAAUUGCAAUUUUCCGCCACCUAUCAUUCGAUUAUUGGAGAAGGCACAACAACGACAUUCACCCAUCAACUACUGUGGGAGUAGGAUGUAGUAGUAGUCUUAGUGAUGUUGAUCUAAAGGUUGUUGAACCUGAGCUGCCAAAGGAAGAAGACCAUGUUCGCCCGUGCAUGGAGCGCCUCCUGGGACUAGAGAAACUAGUUUUGGAACUGAGCAACAAGCCACCUCAGAUUCCAAAAGAAAAAGAAAAAGUCCUCAUGCAAUCUCUGGACAGAAUCAAAUCUGUGGAGCUUGACCUCAACAAAACAAAGAGGGUGCUGCAUUCUGCAGUGGUGAGGCAGGUGGAGAUUGCACAGUUGGUAGACGGUUUGCGGGAGUCUAAAUGCCGGAGAAGAAGAAUCUUCUGUUGAGUCUACAGAAACCACUUAUUACAGGAGGCACCAUGGGCCGGCAGCAGCUGCUGGCAAGAUGAAUGGAUGGUUGUUACUUACAAUGAAACAAAAAGUAUCUUUGGGGAAGUGGCAAGAAGCAACUUAAAGUAACAGUAGUUUUCAGAGAAGCAUUGCACAGCGGGAAGGAAACAGAUCUGCCACAUCUAUUUCCGAGAGACACUUUUAGGCACAGACUCUUUUACUGCUUUUCCUUCUGUUUCUCCUCCCCUUUUUUUACUAACCAGGGGAGGUAUAACUUAGAAGUAAAGAAAAACUAGUGGGGAGAGUGGUGAGAAGAGAAGAGAACACAUGGUGAAAUGGGGAUAAAGAACAGAAGGAAUGAAGACAAUAGUUGAGAUACCAUGAGAUGCUUCUUUCCAUAGCUAUAGACACUACUGAGUUACUGACCAGAAUGAUUGAUCUGGAUGGAUUGAUGUAUAGUUCAAUAAGAUUUCAGUUCUAAAGUUAA